AAAAUAAUAUUUUCGCGUAAGAAAACGUUUGUACUGUCGGUUGCUUCAACGAAAUCGAAAAAUGCCUUGCGUUGGUUGUGAAAAGAACUGCACAUGCACUCUCGAGAAGUGCUGUGCCAGCUGCAAGUGCCAGAAGCCCGGAACAUGCGGCUGCAAUCCAGCCAAUGCCCCCGUUGCAGGUGGAUGCUGCAAGAAGAAGGAUGACUCAGCGGCCCAUGCCCAGGGCAAGUGCUGUGGCAACGGGGACAAGAAGUAGGAGGCAGUCGUUUCGACCUUUACCCUCAUAAUACGCACAACAUACUAAUAUAAUAUGUAAUUAAACUAAAGCCCUAUACCAGCA